AUCGCAAUCAAAACAAACAUUGAUUUGCAUUUCAUUUCACUUUUUAUUUAUUUAUAUUUAUUGUAAUUAUAAUUAAAUGUAAAUUUAGUUAUAAAUAACGAAAUGCCAUAACAUUUAGUCCACAAUAAAAGUGAUCAAAAAAGUAAUGCAAAAAUGUUUCCGUCGUUUACACUAAUAAUUAGCGCAAUAUUUACCGUCUAUAUCUUUCACUCAAUUCAUACCAUUUAUAAGUUAUAUAAUCCGGAAGAAUGCGACCCAAAGACCGAUUUGUGUCUCAACCCAUCGUUUACUCGCAAAGACAUCUUCACGCUAUACCUCUGCACAUCGCCCGAUGAGCACCCGUUGGCCCACUCUUUGUCAUGUAUUUAUGAAAACAAUCGCUUCUCACUCAUCGAAGACUACAAACUGUCACUGUCGGUGUCACUGCCGCCGCAAACAUUGCGCAACGGUUCCCUAUAUAUGCACGCAGUGUUGACUUCGCUGAAGAAUUUCAAAGAAAUUAAUAAAGAAGUACUUCUGCACAGAAGCACAUUCACUGCCGUCACUCCUCUCACCAGAUAUGCCUUAAAGGAGACAAAAGCAUUCAAUUUGCUUAACACUCAAACCGACCAACAAAUCGAAAAGCCGUCGAAGAAUAAGAAGAGUUCACACAACCGUCCGCCAGUGAAUGAGACCAAUCCAAUGCCAUUGGAAGUGGUCUAUGAGCCGACGUCUAUCGGAAAACUUAGAUUUAUGCUUAUAAUCGAGGGAUCGCUUAAAUCGAUGACUAAAAUGGGUUUCACUGAAUCCGAUUCCGACGACAUUAAAGGCAUUUUCUUUGACACUAAUAUAUAUCUACUGCUCGUCACUAUAUUUGUCACUUCAUUUCACGUUUUGUUUGAUUUUCUCGCCUUUAAGAACGACAUUCAGUUCUGGAGAAAACGAAAGUCAAUGGAAGGCCUUUCGUUCAGUUCACUCCUCUGGAGAUGUGUUUCGCAAUUUGUGAUAACUUUAUACCUUUUGGAUAACAAG